UAUCUGCGACAACCCCCUAUUCAUCAGCGAGGGCGUGAGUCGGUUUGACGUGGUGCAGGGAGUUGUAGGUGACUGUUGGAUGCUGGCAGCAACUGCUGCUUUGACCACACUGCCAGGACUGUUUAAGAGAGUGGUCCCUUCUGGGCAAGGGUUCCAGGAAAACUAUGCGGGAAUAUUCCACUUCAAGUUCUGGCGCUACGGGGAGUGGGUUGACGUGGUGGUGGACGACCGGCUCCCGAUGGUCAUGGACCCGGUCCAGGGCAGGCCCGCCUUCUUCUCUCUCCACUCCGACCAGCAGAACGAGUUCUGGAGCGCCCUGCUGGAGAAGGCGUACGCCAAGGUGCACGGAUCAUACGAGGCGCUAGAGGGCGGCCACACCUCUGACGCUUUGGUGGAUUUCACCGGCGGCGUGACGGAGACGUUCAUGCUGGAUCCGAACAACGUGCCGCCCAGGUUCUACCAGAUCCUGAAGAAGGCGCACGACAGGGGGUCUCUCAUGGGCGUUAGCGGCAUCAAGGGCGGUACUGCAGGACUGGAGGCAGUACAGGCUAACGGUCUGGUGCAGCAGCACGCCUACAGCGUCACGGGGUUCGCCGUGGUUAACGACACCGAGCUGGUCCGGAUUAGGAACCCCUGGGGAAAGAUCGAGUGGAAGGGACCAUGGAGCGACGAAUCACCCCAAUGGGAAGGUGUGACCGACGAGCGGAAGGAAGAGCUGGGUGUGGUCAAACGGGACGACGGUGAAUUCUGGAUGUCCUUCCAAGAUUUCCUGGAGAUCUGGAAGACGCUUGAGAUCUGUCACCUGGAGCCGUCAGUGGGCGAGGUGGAGCCUGAGUUGGUCGGGUGUAAGAAGUGGAACUCCUCCGAGCGUCACGGGAAGUGGCAGCGGGGCAUGACGGCCGGAGGGUGUGCCAACUACAGAACUAGCACGUUCUGCAGCAACCCGCAGUACGUGGUGAGCGUGGAGGACCCGGAUGACGAGGAUGAUGACGACACGUGUACGGUGGUCUUCAGCCUCAUCCAGAAGGACCGCCGCAAACAGAAGCAUCUCGGGAAGGCCAACCUGGCAGUGGGCUUCUACAUCUACGGAACGGCCCCGAACCAGAAGAAGCUAAAGAAGCGAGACGUGUGCACGCGCCGCCCAGCGGCCACCAGCGGGUCCUACAUCAACCUGCGGGAGGUGACCAAGCGCGUCAAACUACCUCCAGGAAACUACAUCGUCAUGCCGUCAACCUUCAAGCCCAACGAGGAGGCCGAGUUUUUGCUGAGGAUCUACACAGAGAAACCGAGCACGACCGAAGACCAGGACGACUUCUUCGUAGACCGAAUCCUUCAGGAGAAGCACCACACGGAUGCUGAACCUGAACAGGUCAUCAGGAGAGAACAAACAGUGGAAGUCAAGAAGCCGGAGGAGCCGGUUGAGCCGGUUGAACCGGUUGAGGGGGGAGAAGACGAAAAAGAAGCAGUGGAAGAAAAGCCCACUCCAGUCCUGGUGGGAGAGAAAGAGGACAGAGUCCGGAAGGCGUUUGAGGUCAUCGCAAGCAUGAGUGGAGAAGAGGAGGUGGAGCCGGCAGUUGAUACUUAUGAACUGAAGAGCGUCAUAGAUGUGUACUUCAAGGACCCCAGCUUCACACUAGACGUCUGCAGGGACAUGGUCAUGAUGUACGACGCAGACGGCUCUGGGAAGAUUGAAUACAACGAGUUCAAGGAACUUUGGAAUGACAUCUGUGGCUGGAUGGCUACCUUCAACAAGAGCGACACGAACAGGAACGGCAAGCUGGAGUCCUACGAGCUGAGAGAGGCGCUCAGGGAAGUUUGCGGUAGGACAAAAAACUUCCCUCGCACCAAGAUGGCUACGCCGGAGGAAGCGGUGCCCUACAAGGGCCAGGUUUACGAAGAGAUCAAGUCGGAGAACCAGGGCGGGCUGUGGGAGGAUCCCGAGUUCCCAGCAGAGGACCAGUCUCUCUACUUCAGCAACCACGAGAAUCUACAGCGGUACAACUUCAAGUGGAUGCGUCCAGGGGAGAUUGUUGGAAACCCAGAGUUCAUCGAUGCAUCAGAGGGAGCAAGCCGAUUUGACGUCUGCCAGGGAUGUGUGGGUGAUUGCUGGAUGUUGGCUGCCACGGCCACCCUGGCCCAGAAGCCGUACUUGUUCAACAGAGUUUGCUGCGGGGACAACUCGUAUCAGGACGACUACUGCGGCGUGUUUCACUUCCGCUUCUGGCAGUACGGAGAGUGGGUUGAUGUGGUGAUUGAUGACCGUAUCCCCAUGGUGGUGUUUGACUGGGGCGACCCGCAGUACUUCAGUCUCCACUCCAACGACAAGAACGAGUUCUGGAGCGCUCUCCUGGAGAAGGCUUACGCUAAGCUGCAUGGCUCCUACGAGUCUCUGGAGGGAGGUCACACCAGCGAUGCUCUGGUUGACUUCACAGGCGGGAUGACUGAGAGGUACGACACCACCGACCCAGACAAGCUACCCGGCAACCUCUACAAGAUCCUGCAGAAGGCCUUCGAGAGGGGGUCCACCAUGGGAUGCAGCGGCAUCAAGGGAGGUUCUGCGGGUCUGGAGGCAAUCCAGGACAACGGUCUGGUCCAGCAGCAUGCCUACAGCAUCACCGGGUUCGCAGAGGUUGAGGGAACUCCACUGGUCCGUAUCCGGAACCCGUGGGGCAAGACUGAAUGGAAGGGUCCGUGGGGAGACCAGUCUGAUGAGUGGAGCUCUGUGGAUGAUGACACCAAAGAGGAACUCGGGAUUGUCAACCGAGACGACGGAGAAUUCUGGAUGAGCUUUGAAGACUUCCUGACGUACUGGAAAAACAUUGAGAUCUGUAACCUGACACCAGACUCCAUGGGUGAUGAUGAUGACGACAAGCUGAGGUGGAACGUCAACAGCAUGAACGGCCGGUGGAUCAAGAACGAGAGCGCCGGAGGGUGCGCCAACUUCAGACAGUCGUCGUUUGCGGCCAACCCGCAGUUCAAGGUGAACCUGACGGACGCUGAUGAUGGGGACGAUGAUGACCAGGCGUCGUGUCUGGUCUCGCUCCUGCAGAAGGACAGGCGCAAGCAGAAACAUCUCGGCAAGACCAACCUCUUCCUGGGGUUCUACAUGUACGAGGCUAAGGGGCGCAGCAAGCUGAAGCGGCGUGAUGUCAUGACAGAGCCACCAGUGGCCAGCUCCGGGAGUUACAUCAACUACCGCGAACGUUCUGAGCACUUCAAGGUCGCUCCUGGUGAAUACAUCGUUCUCCCCACGACCUUCAACCCCAACGAAGAAGGUGAAUUCAUCCUGAGGGUCUUCACUGAGAAGGAAGCAUCAGCCGAUGAAAUCGAUGAAGGAGACGCAAUCAUCAAGCAGGACAAGCCCAAACCGCCUAAGGAAGAGUGGAGUGACGAGAAGAAGGACAAGUUCCGUGCGUUCUUCGAGAUGGUUGCUGGCCUCUCUGGUGAUGACGAGGAGGUGCCUGCUAUUGAUCCAUUUGAGCUGAAGAGUCUCUUUGACUGCAUCUUCAAAGACCCCAGCCUGACCAUUGACCUGUGCAAGGAUGUCAUCCAGAUGUUUGACGCGGAUGGUUCAGGAAAGAUCGAGUAUGAAGAGUUUGAUGACAUGUGGGACACUGUGGAACCCUGGCUGUCUGCCUUCAAGAACAGUGACUAUGACAAGAGUGGGAAGCUGAGUGUGUACGAGCUGCAGGAAGCUCUGGAGGAUAUUGUCGGUUUCUACAUCCCCAAGCGCUUGCUGUGCAAGCUUGCAUUCCGCUACGUUGACGAAGACGGACACGUCAGCGGUGGUAACUUCCUGAGGAUUGCCAUGCGGCUCCACUGGCUGUGGAGUUUCACCAUCCCUAAGAAGCUGCUGUGUCAGCUCGCUCGCCGUUACGUUGACGAGGAAGGUUGUAUCAGCGGCGGAGACUUCCUGCGUAUUGCCAUCCGCCUGACCAACCUGUGGAAUCAACAAGGAGGAGAUGCCGAGGAUGAUGGUGGCGGUGGCUUUGCCCUGAACAUGGGUGGACAGAUGGGAGGACUGCUUGGCAUGUUCAUGUGAUCUCUUUCCCGGGGUACUGUAGACACCACUUACGCACAGCAGGGGAUGCUGGGAAUGCAAAAUGCAUCAUGUAGAAGCUUUUUAACUAGUGGGACACUAAAUAUUACGGUACAAAGUUGAUCCUGGAAACUGUCAGUUUGCUACAAUAUACUUUGAUGCUUGAACUCUGAACACACAAAACUACUAAGUACUGUAAGUGGUAAACUUUUAACUGGCUUAAUUGGAGAUCUUAAGGCCUAAUGAUAAUGCCUUAUACUAGAUGAGAAGAAUUUUAACUGACAUUCCUAACUAUAUCACACUAAUUCCUAUGAAAUCUAUCGGAUAUAUAAUAGUCAAUGUACAAGUUCAGCAAUAAUAAAAGAUUAAAACACUGCUAUGGAGAAAUUAUCUAAUAUGAUGUAUCUGGAAUAUUUGAUAACUAUGCUAAUAUAUAGCUUAUCAUUAUCUAGCCUGGUGACUUGCAAAAACUAAGUAAAAGAAUUACUCAUAAAUGAACCAUAUGGACAAUAUAAUGAUCACUUUUUUCUCCUGAACUGCGUACUAUAUAGUAACAAUGUAGAUACUUCUUUGGCUGAAUGUAUUUCAUUUAAAACCUGAGUAUUAACAACAGAAAAAGUUGGUUUUAAGUUUCCUUUUCAAAGCAUCAUAUUAAGUAUACUGAAAAAUACUGGAGUACCUUAGAAAUUAAGAACUUAAUAAUAUGAAUGAGGGUGAUCAGAAUGAUAAUAGAGUUGGGUCAUGGGUGAAAAAGUUGGUUACAUUUGGGGAAAUUUGUGUUUUACUAGUAUUCAAGAUAGCAUAUUAGGAUAUAUAAAUUUGCACUGCAUAUGUACACACAUAUUAUAUUAUUGUGCACAUUCCAAUUAUAAUAGACAAUUGAAAGAGCAAUGCUUUUGUAGUUCAUUUUUAACAAGGGAAUAGUUAACAAGUCAUUACCUUGCCAGAGUAGUUUAUCAGUUCGAAUUCACUUUACAAUGGUUUACAUGAUGCUACGUACGGUUUAAAUGCUUGGUGCAAAUUCUUGCUUGGUGAUGAGUGUGUCUCAACAGCGCCAUCUGUUGACGGAACAGUAUAAUUGCAGAAUCGACCAGGAAAUGGCAAAACGUUUCACUUUGAGUUAAGUGUUACAUAUUAUCCCAUAAGUAGUUAUAAAGCAGUAACGUUAUAGUAUAGGAUGGUAUCGACAAUGCACAUGUAACGUUAAGUCUUCUAUUGUUUGAGGUGUUUUUUUAUUGUUGCUUAUAUCUCUUAUGUAGUAUGAAGAUAUUCAACACAAGAAAUAAAGUCAGUUUUUGUGGGAUUUA